AUGCUCUCCAGACGCAUAGCAGCCACCACCUCCAAGCGGGGCUUCCACGCCUCCGCCACAGCCUCCAAAGAGGUCAUCAUGAACAGAUACUCAAGGACAAUCACCCAGCCAAAAGCCCAGGGUGCUUCCCAGGCUAUGCUUUACGCCACAGAUGGUGUGGACGCACCUGAGGACUUCAACAAGGCUAUGGUCGGUGUUGGAAGUGUGUGGUACGAGGGUAACCCAUGUAACGGUCAUAUUUUGGCUUUGGGGCAGAGGGUCAAGCAGUCUCUCGUCAAUUCUGGCCUUAUUGGCUACCAAUUCGGAACUGUCGGUGUCUCAGAUGGUAUCUCCAUGGGUACGAAGGGAAUGUCCUACUCCCUCCAAUCCCGAGACCUCAUCGCCGACUCUGUGGAAUCAGCCGCUGGUGGUCACUGGCUCGACGGUAUGGUCGUCCUUCCCGGAUGUGACAAGAACAUGCCCGGUACCCUCAUCGCCCUCGGUCGACUCAACCGACCUGGAUUGAUGGUCUACGGUGGUACUAUCAAGCCUGGAAGCUGUGGAGGAGAGGUGCUGGACAUCGUCUCUGCUUUCCAAGCGUACGGUAAGUAUCUGCAGGACGGCCAAACGGAGGAGGCAGAGAGGCAGAGGCAGGCGACCAUCAGAAAUUCUUGCCCUGGUCCUGGUGCUUGUGGAGGAAUGUACACUGCCAACACCAUCGCUUCGUCCGCUGAGGCUCUCGGUAUGACCAUCCCUGGUUCAUCAUCGACCCCUGCCGUCUACCCCGAGAAGUUGGGCGAGUGUGACUCUGUGGGAGACGUCAUGAAGAACCUUUUGGAGGAGAACAUUCUCCCCAGAGACAUCAUGACAAGACAGGCUUUCGAGAACGCUAUGGCUCUCACCAUGGUCCUCGGUGGUUCCACCAACGUCGUCCUCCAUCUCAUCGCCAUCGCCCACUCUGUCGGUGUCAAACUCACCAUCGACGACUUCCAAGCCGUCUCCGACCGUGUUCCCCUCCUUGCCGACCUGAAACCUUCCGGGAAAUACGUCAUGGAAGACAUCCACAACAUUGGUGGUACUCCCGCCGUCAUCCACCACCUCAUCAAGAAGGGCAUCAUGACUGGCGAAGGGCUGACCGUCACCGGCAAGACCCUUGGAGAGAACUGUGACCGGUGGGUUGAGAAGCACGGAAGCAAGUGGGAAGGACAGAAGAUCAUCAUGCCCACCGAGAAGCCUAUCAAGGAGACUGGUCACAUCCGUAUCCUCCGAGGCAACCUCGCUCCCGGCGGUGCCGUCUCCAAGAUCACCGGCAAGGAAGGUGUUCGCUUCACCGGCAAGUGCCGUGCCUUUGACGAGGAAGAGCUCUUCGUCAAGGCUGUCGAGUCUGGGUCGAUCAAGAAGGGCGAGAAGACUGUCGUUGUGCUGAGAUACCUCGGUCCCAAGGGUGGACCCGGUAUGCCCGAGAUGCUCAAGCCCACGAGUUUGAUCAUGGGUGCUGGUCUUGGUUACGACGUCGCGUGCUUGACCGACGGUCGAUUCUCUGGUGGUUCGCACGGUUUCGUCGUGGGUCACGUCGUGCCCGAAGCUCAGGUUGGUGGGCCCAUCGGUCUUGUCCGAGAUGGCGACAUCAUUUCUAUCGACGCUGUCGCCAACACUCUUACCGUUGAUGUGUCUGACGAGGAAAUGGAGAGGAGGAGGAAGGAAUGGGUCGCUCCUCCCCUCAAGGUCACUCAGGGAGCUUUGUUGAAGUAUGCCAGGGCUGUCACGGAUGCUUCUCAGGGUUGUGGUGAGUCUGAUGUUUUCUAA